AUGGCACCCACACAACCUCCACCUCCUCCGACCUCGACCGCCGCGAACACUCCCCUCCUCCCCUCCCCCCCACUCCCACCGCAACCCCCUCCCGUCCCCGUCCCCGAAGACGACGAUGACGACGACUACACCUCCUCCUCCGGCUCCUCCUCCUCCUCCUCCUCCUCCGAAGACGCCUCAGACGAAGACACCUCACCCGCCUCCCUCCCUCCCUCCCAAACCACCACCUCCGCCGACGAAAUCCCCCGCAUCCCCACCCUCACCAAACCGCGCAUCCGCGCCAUGAACCAGAACCCCGAUCUGCUCUCCCGACUAUCCGCCUUCCUGCCGCAGAUGAAGAGCGCGAACGAGCAUCUCGAGCGCGAGAUUGCGGCGGGACGGGCGAAGGACCUGCGGUUGGAGGAGGAUAGUGAUGAUGACGACGACGACGAUAUUACUGCGGAGGGUGGGGAGGGGAGUGGGAGGCAGUAUAUUGAGAUGAAUCUGGGUCUAGGCGUUCUGGAAGAGAAGCGCGACGGGGACGAUGACGCCGACGCCGACGUGGAGUUGGAGUUGAGUGGACGGCAGAUUCUGGCGGAGAGGCUGAAGAGGAAUGCGGAUGCGGAUGCGGAUGCGAAUGCGAAUGCCAACGCGAACGCGAAUGCCAACGGGCUGCAGAAGGAUGGGUUGAAUGUUUUGGAUACGCUGAUGGGGAAUACUAAUUCUGAGACUGAGGGGGGGAAGCCCUCUAUUGAGGAGAUUUAAAGCAGACCAGAUUCUACUCUGUCUAUCUGUCUGUCUGUCUGUCUGUCUGUCUUUCUUCCUUUCUUCUUUCUUUCUUACUUUGUUUGGGUAUUAUGACGGUUUGUU